AUGCUGAUUCUGUGUGAGUUUGUCUUAAGAAACGGGACUGCCUAUUUCAGAGAGCUAUCUGAUCAUCUUGAAGAAACAACAGGCUCUCGAUAUUCAGCUCAAAGUUUGUGUAGACUGCUAAAGCGAUGUGGUUAUUCGCGCAAGGGGAUACACCGAGUGGCACUUCAAAAGAGAAUCGAACUAACAGAGGAAUAUCGAAGGGAUACGUCGGUAUUCAGACCAGAAGAGCUGAUUUUUGUUGACGAGAAGUUUUGUGAUAGACGAAUAUCUCGCAAUUAUGGAUACAGCCCGKUUGGACAAAGAGCUACARGAAGUUACGCUAAUCCACAUGGUCCAAGACUAACUGUUAUUGCAGCAAUUUCCUAUCAGGGUCUUUUUGGUCUCAAGAUUUCAAAGAAGAGAUUUGAUGCCCGAAAAUUCAGAGCUUUCAUAAGMAAUGACUUGGUGCCAAUACUUCAACCUUAUARUGGGGUGAAUUCAAAUUCAGUUGUYGUCAUGGCACAUCAUGUUCGAGAGAUCAGACAAAUGAUCGAGAACGCUGGUGCACUUCUUUUUUAUCUUCCGUCUUACAGCCCAGAACUCAACCCUAUCGAGGAAGUUUUUGCCAAUGUCAAGUAA